AUGGUGUGUCCCCGAAUGUACUACAAAACACAGUAUCGUACAGUUGAAGUCCCUGAGACCAUCAACUUUACAUACUGCUGUGAAGGAUAUGAGCAAGUUGGGUUCUACUGCUCUCUAGCACUCAACAGGUCCAGUGUAUUUGCCUCAAGACCUGGUAUUUGUCCAAUGGAGAAUAUGGAAACAUCUGAUUAUUCUUGCACGUUCGAUGCUGAAUGUCCAGGGCUGAAAAAAUGCUGCAGCUCAUCCAAGGGAGCAGUCUGUGUGAAUCCAAAGCCAGAGGAAAGGAUGUUCUGGUACAACGUGACAGUCCUGGUGAAAAUGGAUUUUAAUGAAUUAAUUAGAGUGGAUUCCCACCUUCUGAAUCAUUCACGUCUUUUGCAUUCCAUGAUUACUGGUGCAUUACAGCCCUUGAAUACCUCUGUGCACCAUAUCCAGAGUAACUAUGCAGAAAUGUAUGCUGGGACAGUGGCCUCUCAAGUUCUGAUUGGACUGCAUCAACCAGCUCCACUAGCAGAGGUUUCUUCUUCCUUGAAGAACAUGGUUAAGCGCGUAUAUGAAGUGAUUGACACAGAUGUGAAAGAUGUUGAUGAAUGUUCCUAUGCAGAAUUCAAUGCUUGCCCUGAGCAAAAUUCCUGUGUAAAUAUGGAGGGUUAUUACAGCUGCAGCCCUGAGCACCAAGAAGCAUAUGUCAGCCCUCUCCAGCUGAGCACAAGAAAAGAUGGCAUGGCAGCAUCCACUCCAAACUCAGAGUUGGAUCCCAUUAACAUCAGCAGUAGCUCUCCAUCCAUAAGUAAUUCAAGUCUCUUGUCCACAACUAACCAAUCUACCGAUGCUGGAUGCUAUCCCUCUGCAAUUACAAACCAUCGAAUCUUCAGCGUUACCAGCAACAGCUUUGAAAUGUCCUGGCAUGUCACAUCUACUCUAAACCAUACUUUCCAAGUCCAAGUGUUCAGGGACAAGGAGAUUGUAAAAAACAUGAGAACAGAUGAAGUGAAAAUGAGUGUAUCUGGACUGGAAGCAGGUGUGAUGUAUUCAAUAGAGAUCAGCUACAAACGUUGUGGAAAAUCCAUCCUCUCCCAUCAAAAUGUUAAAACAGAGGCUAAGAUAUUUGUUGCUACUGUGAGGAUUCUCAACUACAACAUCACCGAAGAUCUCCAUGAUCCCAGCAGCUCAGCAUAUGAAGAAUUUUCAAGGCUGCUGCUUACAGAGAUUGGGAAUUCCUUUCCACCCAACAUUUCUGCUUUAUACGAAUCUGGGAAACUGAAAGUGCAGAUUGAAUCCCUGCGAGCUGGGAGCGUCAUUGUGAGACUCAGAAUUGCAGUGCAGGAUCCUGGGUUUCCAGUGAAUGCCUCCUCCUUUGCUCCAAUGCUUUCAUACUUGUACAACGACUCCGUACUUUUGGUGGAUCAGCAGAACUCUACAGUAGAAGACUGGGAUGAAUGUGCUUCUCCCACCGACAAUGACUGCUCCAUGUUUGCACAUUGUAUCAAUCUGAUGGGCUCAUAUCUCUGCAGAUGCAAGACAACCGUGGACACCAAUCCAUCCCGGCCUGGAAGAAACUGUGAGGGUGAGAUCGUGAGCCCUCUGACUGAAAGAACAGCCCUUGAAGUAGCAAGCAGCACACAGCUUGCUCCUGAAGCAAGCUCUGCAGCCUCUGCCUUCCCCACCAUCACUGCAGGCUCUGAGAUGAGCACCAUCACACACCACCUUGCUGUACUGCCGCUGAGUGAGGGGCAAACACACCCCCACCACUCCACCACCAGCACUCCUCCAGCCACUUGGAAUAAAAGCCUGACUCCACACAUGGCCAGAGACAAUAGCCCCACAGCUGUGACUGCAGAGCAGCAGACCACCACUAAUCCAUCACAGCAGAGCUCAUUGGCUGAGUCUUCUCCUUGUACAUUGCAGCAAGUGGCCACUCUCACAAAUGCAUCCACUGGCAUAGACAAGCAAGAGCAACAUAGUUCUCCAUUGCCAAGGUUAUCAAACCAGACAGUCUUCGAUAUCUCUGGAAGUCAUGCAGCUUUUGAAGAGCCACAAGUCCACUCUCAAGAUGGCCCCGUCACAGCUCUGUCAGCCACAGGAGAUGCAGGAGCUUCCAUUCUCGGUGCCACUCUCAACACACACACACAGACACGAAGAGAGAGCAGCUCUUGGGCUGCGAAUCACACCACAGCCCUGGGGUCACCAGCUCUGCCAGGCUUCUCCUUGCCUCCCAGAUCAAUUCCAAGCCCAGCCAUGGACCACACUUUCCAGAAACUUAAUGGAAUGGUGCGGAUAACAAAUGUGAAAUACUCACCAGGCUUUAGCAAUGCAAGCAGUGAGGAAUAUCAAAACUUUGCACAGCUCUUUAUUGAUGAGGUACAUAAAUCUCUGCCCCUUGACGUCCUUCAGCAGAUGGAUGCUGGUCUGAUUAAAGUGUUGAUAACUGAUAUUACUAAUGGGAGCACUGUGGUAAGUUUCCAUUUACUGAUUGCAGAAGAUGUGGAUAUCUACUACAUCAUCACCACUUUUCGUGAUGCAAUUGAACACAGCUCCUAUUUCACAGUUGACAAGAACAGUCUCUCCAUAAAUGAUUAUGAUGAGUGCAAGAACAAAGAAGAUGAUUGCUCCCCAGAUGCAUCAUGUUAUAACACACUUGGAUUUUACCACUGUAGUUGCAAUGAUGGAUUUGCCGAUGUGCAUCCAGAAAGACCUGGAAGAAACUGUGCAGCAUUUCCUACGAGCCAGGAGGGAACUGUGGUGGACAGGAAGCCUGUACCCAGCCCAGUUUUACCUGUGGCAUCUUUGGAGACUUCAACUUAUAUUUCCUCCAUUGCUUCAUUGAACUUAUCUGCUACUCAAAACAAAGCUCUGGAAGACACCCCAUUCUCCAGUGUGACACUACCUGUUCUUACCAUGGGUUCUGAGUCAGCCUACAAUGUUCCUCCUCAAGCAUCUCCUGCCCCCCUCAUUAAGUCUGCCCAGGAGGUUUCCAUCAAAGAUGCAGUGACAGUGUUCUGUGAAAUUGAGAAGACCAUUCUUGCCAUCCAAAAGGGAUUUUUACUUCAGGAAUCCAUCCCUGAAUCCUCUCUGUACCUGGGGGAGCCUCUUUGCAACGUGAGCAUCAGCAAUGGCACUCAUGCUGUGCUGCAGGCUGGCUGGAGCGAGUGUGGCACGGAAGUUGAGACUAAUGUGACUAACACCAUAGUGAAAACCGUGCUACGGAAUGAUGAUUCUGCUUUCCACCACUUAAAAGUUGCCAGUCCUAUUCAUUGUGUGUUUCAAAACAAUCUCUUGACUUCCUCUGGAUACACUGCAGAAGGAAUUUACACUAUUUUUGAGGAUUUACAUGGAUCUGGACGCUUCAGAACAGAAAUGCAGUUAUUUAUUGGAAACUCCCCAAUACCAAAAAAUUUCAGUAUCUCUGCCAGUGAUGAUGUCCUGAUUGAAGUGGGGAUUCAGAGAGAUGACAGCAAGCUGAAAGUGGUCCUCACUGACUGCUGGGCAACUCCGACCAACAAUUCAGUGGAUCCCCUCUCGUUUGCUUUUAUCAAGAACAGCUGUCCUAUUCCAAAUGCAUACACCACGCUUCUAGAGAAUGGAAAUUCAAGCAAAGCACAGUUUAAGAUGAAGAUUUUUUCCUUUGUCAACAACUCUGUAGUUUAUCUACACUGCAAAAUUCGUAUCUGCAUGGAGACACGGGGAAGCACCUGCAGGACAAGAUGCCAUGCAGCUCGAUCCCUGAAAAUCGGUGAAAUCGUCGCUACCCACAGAACAUCCUGGGGUCCUCUGUGUAAAUCUGCCGGUGAGUUACGAAUAGAUGAGCCUGGUGUGGGAGUUGGAUAUAUCAUCCUCAUUGUUAUUGCUGUAUUUGGCUUUGUGGUGGCAGUUGUGAGCCUUGUCAUUUUCCAGUGCAAGCGAAAGAUGGGAAGAUACAACUUCAGAAUCAAGUCUGACAACUUCAGCUACCAAGUGUUCUAUGAUUAA